CCCCGGGAGGUGCCGCAGACGCUUCCCUGUGCCGGGGUGAGAUGGCGGCGCCCGGAGCGCCGGUGACCGUCACCGUCACUUACAGCAACGAAAAACACAGUAUUCAGGUUGCUUCUCAACAAGAAGACGGUGAACCUACACUACAAGACAUGGCUGUACUUAUUGAACAAGUCACUGGAGUUCCAGUUCCCUUUCAGAAACUGAUAUACAAAGGAAAGUCUCUGAAAGAACUGGAACAACCGUUAUCAGCACUUGGUGUUAAAAAUGGUUGCAAAGUCAUGUUGAUUGGGAAAAGGAAUAGUCCAGAAGAAGAGGCUGAAUUAAAGAAGUUAAAAGAUUUGGAGAAGUCAGUGGAGCAAAUAGCUAAUAAGUUAGAGGAAGUUAAUAAAGAGUUCACAAGUAUCCAGAAGGGAUUUUUAGCAAAGGAGCUCCAAGCAGAAGCACUAAAACAGCUGGACAAGAGGAUAAAAGGAACUGCAGAGCAGUUCAUGAAAACCCUGGAACAGAUUGAUGCCAUUAAUCUGCCAGAGAAUUUCAGUGAUUGCAAACUCAAAAAGAAGGGGUUAGUGAAGAGGGUUCAGGUUUUUCUUGCCCAGUGUGAUACCAUUGAAGGAAAUAUUGGUCAAGAAAUGGACAAGCUACAGUCAAAGAAUUUGGCAUUGGCAGAAUGAGGCAUCGCCUUACAUAAUUAGGAAACAUAAUUGCUCUAUGAGCAAGAAGAAAAGUUUGCUCUUUGUUUUGGAGCACAUAUCCAGCUUCCGGUUUUUUUUCUUUUUUAAACCCAGUCUGUUAGACUGGUACCAGUCAAUCAUUUCUUGCUGGUUUGCCGCUUGGUUAGAAAUAUUAUUUUGAAAAGAAGAUCCUUCCUGAAGAAUGGCAGAACUAAUCUUUGUGAUGACUUACGUAUCUUAUGGAUGAAUGUUUAGUUAACUAAGUUAUGAAGUUUUUGAUGAUGGGCAAUUUUGUCUGAUGUAUCUUUGAAUUUAUUUACAGCUCAAAUCAAAGAAGGUGUAUAAUUGUACAAGUGCCAUAAGUUGCAGUUGUAGGACUUCAGCUUGAUUGAAAAAGGCAAACUGAGACAACAUCUGGGAAAGCUGAACAUUCUAGUAGACAGUUCAGAGCAAUAAAAAACCCUACACAUUUGUAUCUACUUAAUGUUUGUAUGCAUUUAUAAAUAUAAGAAAGCUUGACUAUAAGGGAGUUGUACCUAUUUUAGCCUUAAAAUGUCAUAAUAAAUGGAAUGUACUGUAACAUGUAUGGUACUUAAUUUUGAGUGGUGCUUUAAGUUGUUACUGAGCUCCUUGAUACAGAUGUAUGUUUUUUACAUAGAUUUCUGAGGUACUGUGGGUUUUAUAGAUUAUUUGUAUUUUUAUUAUUUGUGUUCUGUCUUAAAAUAUGUUGGGAAAUGAAAUGAGAUUACUCGUGCUGCUCAAAUACCAAGGGUUCAGUUCAAGCAAGGUAUAAUUAAGGAGCUAUUUUGAAAGGGUUUUUUAUACUUUUUUCUGAUUUUACUGAAUUCAUGAUGCUAUAUUUAAUGGAAAAAUGCAGUGAUUAUUUCUAGUAUGUUAAGGCAGUCAGUGAAUUUUUAUAACACAUUGCAAAGUGACACAGCUUUAUUUUAGCAAUGCCAUUUGUCUGAGGGUUAUGACUGAUUCUCACAGUCAGAUAUGUGCCGUGCUUAACCUUCUCUGUUAGGUGAAAAAUAAGGUUUUUGCCAGAGAUAGGAACUUUGAGUGGGUGCAGCCGACUUUGCAGUUGUUGGUCAGAGGCUGUAGCCUAUGGUCAGAGCCUCUGACCAUACUGUAGAUGUUCACCUGUAGCUAACACAACUGUAAUAGGAGUUGCUUUUUCACUGAUGCUUCUGGUUGGUAGGUCAGUCAUACACAUAGCUGCUGGUGAAGUAGUGACUGGUAAGGAGCCUCUUUCUGUGGAAAAAAUAAAGCUCUUUCAUCCCAAAUGAGUCAGACUGAGAAUGUUUAGAAAUGGCCCUUAGGUAGUGAGCCCUUAUUCAUAUGUUUUAAUGUUAGCUGUCCUUUCAAGAUAAAAGUAGGAAAUGUAUGUAAAAAGAUCUUAACUUCUAAUAAGUUAUAAAACUUAAACAAUGCCUAAAGUGUUAUUAUUAAAGUAUUGUCUUUGAUGUUUGUAAUUGGAGGAGCAUUUUCUUUUUAGUGAAAAAUGCCAUUGGACAAAUGAAGUGAUAGUCCUGCAUUAGAAAGGGUCACUAUUCUAAAAAUGCUGGUUGACCAUACCAAGAUUUGUGUUGCCACGUUGUUAACCAGUUAUUUCAAGCUUGUAUUUUUUCCUUAUGAAAUUCUCUUAUCAGCGUCUGUGGAGGAUUUCAUGGUCUAAACUCCUAGGAACCUUAUCUAUCAUGUUAGGAAAUGGUAUCGUAGGACUGUGGAGGUUUUAUCCUAGGCUACUAGUCUGGUCAUGCUGCAUUUUUCCCGGCUCUUUAGGGUUAAGAGGAAGAAGCGCUGGUUGUAGCCAUUUUUGUGAAGACUUGCCUAGCCUGUUGCUGCUUCUGGACCAGAUUCAGCUGACUCUUAAACCACCAGCAACACUUGCCUAAUUCAGGGAAUGCAGAAUCAUCCACUUUCCUGUGAUGGAAAGGAUCCUCACCCUCCCAGCUAUAGGUCCUCUAAUGGAUUGAGCUUUCACAGGUGCAUGUAUAAUAAGCAAAAUAAUCCUCUUGUGCCCACAAAGAGAACUGGGAGCUGUGGUCAUGGCUAGAACUAUGUCCAUUUCUGCUGUUCCUUUGUAUUUCUCUCUCAGGCGAGAACACUUAAGGCUGCAGGCAGACAUCAUCUUCCCAGCAGUUCUUCCCAGAAGCUGCUGCUUCUCGAGGUGUGCUUAUGUGAGUACAUCCUCAGCCUGUCUCAAAGCAAGGUGAAUUAAUUUUAGGAUGUUCUGUAGCAGAUCUUUUGAUGAUCUGGUACUUUUAGGCAAAGAGAGUGAUGGUGAACCUCUCCCACCAGCACAUCUGUAUUCAGCAGAGAGUGGGUGUCCUGGGCUGAACUUACCUUACAGUGAUAACUCCUGGUGUCUGUUUGAUUUCUAGGACAAAAGAAUGUAUAUGAAGACCAACUUCUGCAGUAUAAAUUUUUUUGUCUUCCAAAUAUAAAAAUGAGUUGUUUUGGAAAACAGAUGGUUGUAUUUAGAGUUAUCAAAGACAUUCUAGAGUGGAUUGACUUUUAUACUUAGUUUUCGAAGAGGAGUCCUACACUUUUUUGUCAUAAUAGCCUUAAAUUUCAGUAAAAGCAAGCAUUUGUGCUUUUGAAAAGUGCAGCAGACUACAAUUGUGGGAGAAAGGGGAAGGAAGAGAUUUUAAAUAUUCUUUAGAAUUUGUAAAUAUAGAUCUCAAGCAAGCUUAAGCUAUAUUCUCAAUGAUUCUGUAGUCCAGGUGUACUGUGAUACCUGUUUUGCUACUGAAUCAUUUCCUCACCCCAGCCACCUGCCCUGAUCUCGUCAAAACAGAAGUUACUCCCUUUUGCCUUAGUUGCACUUAUCCCAUUGUCUUCCUCCAGUUGCUGUGUUGCUCUGGCUGUGUUUACACAUCUUGGACUUGCCAUCUGGGCAAAUGGUUUGUCUUUUAGGGAAAUGGAAAUUGAAUUACACACUCCCUUGGCCUGUUUUCUUCCCCAGAUCCCACGGGCUGGUGUGAGAUGAACCAAACCCAACGUUCAGGGAGCUGUGGAGUCUUGAGCCAUGGGACAGGUUGCUCUCUGGAAACAGCAUAAAAUUAGUGGCAUCCUCUGUGACCAAGUCCUCUAAUGUCGCUGUAAACCUGGAGCAACACUUUUUGACUUCUAAUGGACACUCAUGGUUUGGAGUGGAACUUGGCACUAGAUUUUUUUUGUUAAUUUACUUUAUUGUACUAUCUACUAUUAUAAAUGAAAAGGUGACAAUAAAAUAAGGAGAGUUCUCUGC